CGAAAUCCCGGUUCCUUAUUCGCAUGCUUUUUCCUCCCCUUCUUCCUCCAGUUGACCUCAUUUUUCUUAUUAGACUAGCAGACCCUAUUUAUAGAGGCUCGCAGCACUUCACUGUUCGCCAUUCCCUUUUUUGCACGUACCAAGCCCGGUUAUUUUCUGUAUUUUGCCUCUGCUGCCUCCUCUUCCCUGAUACCUCCUGUUAUUUUCAUUCUAUCCUUCUUUCACGCUGGAUAUCACAAUACUCGUCCAAAAGCCCCCACAUACCAUGCCGUCCCACAGCGACGACGACAUGCGCGGACGCCAGGCCGAGCUGCCCAUCUACGUGAAGCUCGAGACCGAACCGCCGGUCCGCAAGCCAGGCCGUCCGCGCCUCGGCAUCUCGGCGCAUUUCCAAGACACGGGCGAGAUGGCCAACCACAGCCACCGGUUCGUGUGGUGCAUUGCGUGCAUAAAAAGCGGGCGGGCGCUGUACAAAAAGGACCGGCUGCCGGCGCGCGGCGACCUGAUGCAGCGGCAUCUGGCGACGUGCCGGUUUGUUGACGAGGAGGUGAAGCGGCGGUUCUGCCACUCGCCGAGAUCAACGAGCUCGGCAUCGACGGCGUCGGCCGAGUCCAAAGUCAAGAAGGCCAAGAUAACAAGAUGCAUGGUGGCCAGCACGCUUGCAUAUCGUGUUUUAUGCGGGCCUAUUCGCCCUCGCCCCCACCCAUCUCGGUGCUUCAAUGCUGCUUGGACGAUGUGUCUGUUCGGACAUCGGUCCUUUUUUUGGGGGGCGAGGUAGAGAGGACAGUUUCUAAGCGAGCUGGCAGCUGCGACAAUGGCUGGCUCGAAUCUACAUCGGAGCGUGCCAAGCUUGAUCUGGCUCCGGAACCCUCGGUCCCGAGUUUUCAUUUCCACUCCACUCUUGGCGCUUUUUCCACUCUGGCAGAAAAUCCAGAUUCUGUGCCCCCUGCCAAAAGCAGGAGCAGACCCAUCGCAGCCGGUUUACGGGCUUUUCCCUUGGUGCUAAAAUGUGAUUCAGCAGCA